AUGCAAGUCGAAGCACGACCCCCCGCUGAUGCUCCUCCCUGUGCGGCCCGUGAGAACCUCGCUCCGAACCGCUCGUCGAGCCCAUCCCUCUGCGAUCGCCCGCCGGCUCCAUUUCCCAGCCAACUGCUGAAAAUCCUGAAAAAGAAGCAAUUAUCCUCGUCGCCAAUCCCUGCAGACGUUGAACGACCCGUCAAAGCUCCCCAGGAGAUCGCCAAAACAGAUAUUCUCCCCGGCUCUGGCGUGAUUCUCAUAAGGCUGAUUUCGCCGUCCUCGUCCUUCUAUCUGAACAAGAAUAUGAACAACACGCAGAUGAAUGCCUCCGCUGCUUCGCCUGCCAGUUUUGCUCCCGAGUCGCCUCCGUCCGGUCGCUCGCUCGCAACUCGACUGCGCCGCCUGAGCCAGAUUCGUACCCAUCACUCGCACGCCUCCAACGCCCCCCAUUCUCCCACUCAAUCACGUUCGAAUCGGUAUAGCCUGACACGUGCGGUUGGCCUGGCUCUUUCCCCUCACUCCCCCGUCUUCGAUUCCGCCCCCGAUCACCUCUCGCACGACCUCCAUCCCAUUGUUGCAACGCAGUCUGCCCCGGAGCCGCGCCCCUCCCGCACCGUCAGGGUUGGCGCCCGGAGUGACCUCGCGAUCAACCAGACCAGCGGAUCGUCAAGCUCCUCUGAAGACCGCUCCGACGCUGCCUCCCACUCUUCCCGGUCCACUCCUGCGAACGAGCCAGAAAUCGUAUCGUCGGACACGAUGCGGUUCCGGGCGUCUACUGAUCCACCGGCGGCCCGGAUACCGUCCUUGCCGCUAGAGGAGGAAGAGCUUGCUCUGGACCCGGAACAGUCUCCUCUUCCCGCUUCAGAGACUCACCCCGAUGACUCUUCGCCGCAAGAUCCCGCAAAGACCAGGCCACUGCCCACGAUCCGCCUAUUCCCCCAUCAUGCUCAAUACUCGCGGCCCUCCCUACCAUUCACGCCCAUUACCCGUACCCUGCCCGAGGAGAAUUCGAUCAUCAAGGUAGGCCGCUACUCGGAGCGCGAUGGGGUCCCCGUUGCAAACCCGUCCAAGCCGUCAGCAGCGCCCGUGGGUUUCAAGUCAAAAGUCGUUAGCAGGAAACACUGUAUUGAUUUUCGAGGCGGAGAGGAAAUGAUUUUCAGAUGCGUUCGAAUUCGCAUCGAGUGCAACCGGACAUGGCAGCAGGGUCCGAACGAGUUCAAUAAAAACACAGAGAGUCUCAUUAAUAACCUUGGGAAGGGUGCGGAUGCCGACUACAAAGGUUGCAGGGAGUGCUCUAUCUGCCUCAACUCGGUUCUGCGGCCUUACCAAUGUCUUUUCAUGGCGGCUUGUGCACAUGUAUGGCAUUACAAAUGCAUCCGCAGAUUGAUCCAUACCCCAGAAUAUCCCAUGUUCCAAUGUCCGAAUUGCCGUGCCUAUACAGAUCUGAGUGCCGAUGUAGACGAUACGAAUGACUUGGGCGACGAAUCCCAGAUGGAACCUGUACAUUGUCGAGAUCAGCCUGCUGCAAGUCAGCCUUGUGAACCUGUGCCCCUGGCUGUAAACCAGGAGCCGUCAGCCGAAAUUAGCCAAACGAACGGCGACGGUCCUCCGCCCGCCGACCCUCCCCCUGAGGCUAUACCGACUACACAAUCGCACGAUCCGCCACCCGUCUCUGAUGAAGACGCAAAUCAAGAGCCAGACGACUUUCUCUUGGGGAACCCGCGGAGCGAAUCGAUAGACGAGAUCGCACGUAGUCCCAACAUUGACAUCCCGAUUCGGGGAUUGGCACGCACGAUAGAUGAGGCGACACAAAGUCGCCUGGCAACUUCAGCCAGUGGAUCGCCUCUUGUCCGCGAUAAUUUUGAAGACUUGUGGGGAAGCUCUCCAGAUGAAACCACGGCUUCAGCAUCCGCUUCUCCACAGCGCAUGGAUCAUCAAACCCGCGAUGAAGUGUCAGCGGCAUCAACAUCCCCCCCUGCGAGAGCCUCGCGUGACCCGUACCUGAACACCUCGAUUCCGAGUCCCCCGAUUUGCUCUCUAGUUAUCUCUCCGCGCGAGCUGCAUGACGACGAUGCGCUUGGAGCAGCAGUCGAGUUUCGGCAGCUCCACGAUAAAUGUCCAGCAUCACCAGCGACGCGGGACUCAUCCGUUUAUGAACUCUCACAGAUCAAAGCCUCGAAGAUCCCGUCUCUCUCCAUCGUCGUUGGUCUCAUCCUCGUCUUCCGCAAUCAAACCUCCUACAAUCGCUUCUGGGACGGCCGCAUCGCCCUGACCACGAUCAACACCGCCGCUCGCAACCUAACGCGAAACAUCCUCAUCAAUUCAUGCAAUCGGAACCGGCCCCUCACCGCCGCAGAAAAGCAGGACAUCGAGCGCACCAUCCGCGUCCUGAUCGCGUUUCCGUACGCGGUCAAGAACUAUCUACGCACCGAGUGGUCUGCGGGAUGGUCGGUGCAGCCGUUCAUCGGGCCCACCGACGAUGUCAACGGGAUUAAUGGCGGUGGCUCCUCGAAGCAGGAGUAUAUAGAUUUACUGCCUACGGGAUUCGAGUGUCUUGAAGACGAUGGGCUGUCCAUUCCGCUGCAGUUGAGCUUCUUUGUCGAGGGCUUUAUCAAGCGUGGUGUGGAGAGGGGCUGGUAUGAUCCGCCAGGCGCCAACUCGAUGGGGAACCACGUCUCAACCCUCAUCGAUGCGUACGGGAAGAUGGAGACCAUCAAAUUGACCCCUAUCCCCAUCGCUCAUCUGUACGUCGUCUUUCCCACCCCUGACCCCUGUUCUGCGUUUUUUUCUAACGUCACCGGUAGUAUUCAUCAAAAGCAAGUUCUCGCGCUGUUUGGCUGCGUCCUUCCCUUCGCCAUGGUGGAUGAUAUGGGUUGGUGGGCGGUUCCCAUCGUCAGCCUCGUCAUCUUCACUCUUUACGGCAUUGAAGGAAUCGGGUCGCAGCUUGAAGACCCAUUUGGGUAUGAUCGGAACGAUAUCAAGAUGGAUGCUAUCGUGGAAGACGAAAAGACUGAGAUCGAGGCCAUUUUGAAUGAGUGGAAGAGAGUCACGGAAGUUUCGGAUGAAGCGGUCGAGGUUAAUGGAGGAAGCGCUGAUGUUGAAAAUGGUGGUGCGUUUAGGAAGAGAGAGAUGUUUAUAUUUGCGAGAUGA